UUAGUCCCAAAAAAAGCCAUCCGUACACACACAAAAAACCCCCUUCAUUCAACGUGGCUGUUUCCAUUGGAAAUGCGCGCGAAAAGUGGAAUCGGGAAGCCAUUGUUGUUGGACAAAUGGAGCGGACGGACCAAGAAAAUUCCACCUUACACCAACCAUUGAUUCCCUCCAAUUGCCCUCUGAAUGCGAACCAUCAAAUUCGAUUACCCAUCCCCUCGUUUCGAUCGCCAUGGUCUCCAAGUCGAAGUAGAACGGAGGCUAUGGGGGUGUCAAGGUUGGAGAAUAUUCGCUGUUCCACAAUUGUUUUGGGCAUUUCCAAUGCCGCCAUCGCCCUUCUCGGCGGAUUUCUCAUAGUCGUUGUUUAUCCCUCUUGUGAACGCCAAUACGUCCUUCCAUUUCUGGUCGUUUCCUUGGUUUCUUGCAUCAGAAUCGUCACCAUGGUUCAGAGCGGCAUUGCUCAGGAGGCUACGGCCAGAACCAUCCUCGAAUCUCCAGGUGAUGCUGCUGCUGUUGUCGACACCGUUAUGCGCCGCGAGAGACGGACUCUUCAAAGAAAGCUGCCAACCAUUAUCUCUUGUGCUCAAUUUGCCCCCUGCGUAUGCAGAAUUAUGAAGACAGUCAGCAUAUUUUCUUUGAUUGUCAAUACUCUUUGGAAAUAUGGAUUGGUGUAUAAAAGAUGGCUUUGGUGGACCCGUUUUGCUCUGAUCCUUGUACUACUGCAAUUUGCGGGAGCAGUUUACUUAAUCUUCCAUAUGACUAACUACAUUGCUCAUGAUGAAACUUCAAGUGGCUGUGCUUUAGGGGUGGCUUCAAAUGAUAGAUGGUGGAAACGGAAGCUACUGGUUUUAUUUACAACCUUGGUGUGCUUUGUUGCACUGGUUCAGUGUUUUACUGGUAUGGAUGUUCUAAGGUGGAGGUCAUUUUAUUCAACUCAAGAUCAUGCAUGGAAAGCACAUUACAGUGAGAUAUUUGACCAUGGGAUUCGUGAGGCAUUAUGCUGUUUGGGACGUUCCAAAUACCUGAGCAUCACGGAAGAAGAUGAGGUCUUCUCAGUGGCACAAUUAUUGGGUGAUCUUGUUGCUUAUCGCUCAACUGGCACUGGGCAUUUGGAAUUUUUGGCAGGUCUUGCUUUAUUGCAGAGGCAUGGCCAAGUAGUACACACUUCUGAAGAGCUAAUGGAGGCACCUAUAGAUAAAAUUGAGGAGGCUGCUGUUCUUCAUAAAUUUGCUGAAGCAGCUUACACGGGGCCAUUGCUUGAUUUUGGAAGAAACCCUCUCUCAUUUCCUUGUGCAUGGGCAUAUCGACAAGGGAUAUUGACUCCAUGGACUCGUAACAAGAGGCCUGUACUCCAUGGCGAUAACUGGUGGCGAGGCCAUGCUGCGGCCUUUCUUAAAUAUGUUAACUUACCUCCUGAAGUACUUCGCAGAGGGCGUGUUAACCAGGCAAAGUGUGAAGCUGCAUACUUCGUUCUGGUUCUUCAUGAUGUGAAAUGUGUAGUAAUUGCCGUUAGAGGAACUGAGACACCUGAAGAUCUCAUAACUGAUGGUCUAUGUAGGGAGUGCGCACUUUCUGAGGAAGAUUUAGAUGGGCUGAUUAAUUGUGAUCAUAUUCAACCCAGUGUGAAGCAGAGGAUUAUAUCAUCCUUCCCGCACCAUGCCCAUUCUGGGAUCGUUGAGGCUGCCAGGGAUUUAUAUAUGCAAAUUGAAGGAGAUUGUGAUGGGGCAGGAUCUGAACCGUGCGGCCUUCUUUCUUCAUUGCUGGGUCCUGGGUGCGAGUGUGAUGGUUACCAGGUUCGCAUUGUAGGGCAUUCCUUAGGAGGAGCUAUUGCAGCAUUACUUGGACUAAGACUAUACGGUCGGUGUCCCAGCUUACAAGUUUAUGCAUAUGGGCCACUUCCAUGUGUUGAUUCAAUAAUAGCGAAUGCUUGUUCAGAGUUCGUGACAAGUAUUGUGUUCAACAAUGAAUUUUCAUCUAGACUUUCGGUUGGAUCAAUUAUGCGUCUUCGUUCAGCUGCAAUUAAAACACUGUCACAAGAUAGCAAAGAUAAGUCAACCCCAAUUUUCCAGCUUGCUCGUAGAUUCCUUUAUCUAAGUAAUUAUCAGAGAGAUGGAACAGAAAGAACGAAUUCUCAAUCAGAAAAGUAUCCUACGCAAAUUGAGGCUGAUGACCAGGGAAUCUCCACAAGUUUUCAGCAGAAUGAGACUAGAGCUGACAAGAAGGAAUGCCAAGAAUCCUCUCUCCUUGCAGAGAAUCAAAUCAAAGCAAAUGAUAUCACAGUUGAAGGUGACGAGUUCUCCAAUUCUAGUGAUCUGGUAUCUCAAAUUAUAGAAGCUGUUGAAGGAUCUGAAAACAAAAACUCGACUGAGGAUUUCUCAGAGAUGUAUCUUCCAGGCCUUUUAAUCCAUAUAGUUCCUGAAGAAAGAAGGUUCACUUUACCUUUCUUGAACAGCUUAAGGUGCCCAGCUGUUACAGAUGAUUAUAAAGCUUAUGUUGCAAGCAGAGAGAACUUCAAAGAAAUUAUUGUAUCGCCUUCAAUGCUCUUAGAUCACCUUCCUUGGAGAUGUCACGCUGCUUUGCAAAGGCUUGUGGAUGCUCAGACUGCCAAAGAUCCUGCAAGCACCAAUUUGCACAUGCUGGCAACGAGUACCCAUACAUUGGAGAGAAGACUAAGAGAGAACAAUAGAGUAAGACAACAAGAGAGGAGAGCGAGUUUUGCUAUUUUGUGUGCCUGCAAGGGUUUCGUUUCGAUAGUUUCACUCCUAUUGUCGUUAACAAAAGAUCAAAAAGUCCCAUUUUAAAAAAUACAAGGCAAAUCUUCAUUUUGUUGGAAUUAGGAACAUGCAAGGGGAAGCAAUUAGGAUCUUAAGCAUUCA